AUGGCACAGCAAGGUGUAGAACGCCGAGGACUCGAUAAGCACGAUCUCGCGCGUACAGGUCGUAUGGCCGCCUAUGGAGGAUGCAUCUUCGGCCCUGCAGCAACAAAAUGGUUCGACUUCCUCGUCAAGCGCGUAAACCUGCAAUCCAAAAACGGCACAAUUCUCGCCCGCGUGGCCUGCGAUCAAUUCAUCUUCGCACCCUGCAACAUGGCCCUCUUCCUCUCCACCAUGGCCUACAUGGAAGGAAACUCGCCCGUGCAGCGCCUCAAGGACGCCUACCUGCCCGGUUACCAGAAGAACUUGAUGGUGUGGCCAUGGGUCCAGUUUACCAACUUUAAAUAUGUACCCGCGGAGAUGAGGGUCUUGGUUGUCAACGUCAUUUCUCUGGGCUGGAAUUGUUAUUUGAGUUCAUUGAACUCGGCAGGUGGCACCAAGCCGAACCCGCCCGUGGGUCAGACCAAGGAGGGCGGUCAACUUCCUCCUUCAUAG